GCAGCUGAGCAGCAGUCUGAGAUUUUCAAAGGACAUCAUUGUCCUCAUUUGGCUGCAUAGAGGAGCUGAGCUGAUCGGAGUGCUACAAUGGCUUCUGCACUGAUGGCUUGGGUUUGGAUCGGUUUAACACUAGCCCAGCUCAACAACGCGGGAGGCCACCGGUACGCUCAUGGACGUGUGUCCGACCAGGACGAGUUCGUUGACCGUACCGAGCAGCAGCCAGAAGCCGCUCUGGAAGACUCCACAGGUCGUAGUUUCCCAGCGCCGGUGUGGAAUUUCCUCGGAGGUGGUGAAAAAAGCUCAGAGAAAUUGGAUUUCAAUCAACCUCAAUAUCGCUGCAACAAUGGAACCCUAGCUCUGCGCUUCUCACUCAUCAGAUACUCAAAUCUGCGUCUUGAAGACGGGGCUCGGCUGUUGUCACUUCCUGGUACCUGCAACAGCACAGUUCAGGUUCAUAGAUGGUGGCUGCUGGUGAAGCUUUCUUAUACUGGCUGUGACACAGCAAUGCAGACCGUGGAUGCAGGUGGUGCCCGCCUGCUAAAGGUGCAUUACUUUGACCGUCUGCGGCAGGAGAACAUGACGGGCAUGGCUGUUUGUAAGAAUCCUGAAAUGUCACCACAAGUAGUGUCCCCACUGGUGACGUGUGGAACAAAGCUUGUCACUGUGAAGCUGCCUCAAGAAACUAAACUAAAGAAGUUGAGAGAUCUUGAUUUUUUCAACAAUGAAGGACACUCUGUGAAACAGCAGAGAACUACUAGUGCGUUAUUUGUGGAGAUAUCAAAGUUACCAAACAAGGAUUCUGCAUUUGAACUAGUCUAUCUAGACUCCACUGGGACAUUGUGCACCAUGCUGGCAGCUUGUACUCAUGUACUUCCAAAAAAAGUGGGGCGGCAUCAUGUGAGGAGAUCUCUGCAGGAACCAGAUAUAUUGGAGCUGUGGGGCUUUGACGAGAUUCCUGUUGAACCAUUUAAUCCAGAUACAACUCAGACCAUAACGGCUGCAACAACCAGCCCAAUAACUGAUACAGACACAGGUACAAAUCAGGCAACUAUUGAUGAUACUGGCAUCUUCACAGAUGAAGAUAUUGAUGAGUUGUGGGGAUUUGAGAAUAUUCCUGAUGGACCAUACACUGGAGUAGACUAUUCGGGGCCAACCACUGCACCAACAACAACAACCACCACCACUGUUGCGCCUGUAACAACUACCACAACAACCACUCUUGUGCCUGUGACUACCACAACAGCCACCGCAGCUGCAACCACAACAGCGGCCACUGCAGCUGCGACAACAAAAGCCACCACAGCAGCUGCGACAACAAAAGCCACCACAGCAGCUGCGACAACAAAAGCCGCCACCGCAGCUGCAACAACAAAAGCCACCACCACAGCUGCAACAACGAAAGCCGCCACCACAGCUGCGACAACAAAAGCCGCCACCGCAGCUGCGACAACCAAAGCCGCCACCGCAGCUGCGACAACCAAAGCCGCCACCGCAGCUGCGACAACCAAAGCCGCCACCGCAGCUGCGACAACCAAAGCCGCCACCGCAGCUGCGACAACAAAAGCCGCCACUUCAGCUGCGACAACAAAAGCCGCCACCACAGCUGCGACAACAAAAGCCGCCACCGCAGCUGCGACUACAAAAGCCGCCACCGCAGCUGCGACAACAAAAGCCGCCACCGCAGCUGCGACUACAAAAGCCGCCACCGCAGCUGCGACAACAAAAGCCGCCACCGCAGCUGCGACAACAAAAGCCGCCACCGCAGCUGCAACUACAAAAGCAGCCACCGCAGCUGCGACAACAAAAGCUGCCACCGCAGCUGCGACAACAAAAGCCGCCACCGCAGCUGCGACAACAAAAGCCGCCACCGCAGCUGCGACAACAAAAGCCGCCACCGCAGCUGCGACAACCAAAGCCGCCGCAGCUGCAACAACAAAAGCCGCAACCGCAGCUGCAACUACAAAAGCCGCCACCGCAGCUGCGACAACUAAAGCCGCCACAGCAGCUGCGACUACAAAAGCAGCCACCGCAGCUGCGACAACUAAAGCCGCCACCGCGACAACAAAAGCCGCCACCACAGCUGCCACAACUAAAGCCGCCACCGCAGCUGCAACAACAAAAGCCGCCACCGCAGCUGCGACAACUAAAGCCGCCACCACAGCUGCAACAACAAAAGCUGCAACUACAAAAGCCGCCACCGCAGCUGCAACAACAAAAGCUGCAACUACAAAAGCCGCCACUGCAGCUGCAACAACAAAAGCUUCAACUACAAAAGCCAAGACCACUGCGCCUCCGACCACGACCACUGCGCCACCGACCACGACCACUGCCGCUCCGGCUACGACCACCAGCGCCCAGCCAUCCAGCACCACCACCGCUCCGGCUACGACCACCAGCGCCCAGCCAUCCAGCACCACUACUGCUCCGGCUACGACCACCAGUGCCCAGCCAUCCAGCACCACAGGCUCCGGCUCAUCAACAACCAGCGGUGCUUCCUCUACCACGACAGCAGCCCUCUCUACAACAACGUAGAGAAUUGAAGUAUGCAACAUUCACAGAGAAGAAGAAAAAAGACUUUUUAAUUGUAAAAAAUAAAAUAAAAUCUGAAUUUAAUGAAUGCAUAAUAAAAUAUAUUUUUUAUAA